UUCACUUUUUAUUUUCCCUCCUUUUUCCUCUUUACUACUUAUCUGCCAUAAGUCAUGUUAAGCGCGGGACGUCUUUUCAGCAAAACGCCGUCGUUUCGAUGGCAGUGGCCUUCUCCAACAACGGCAAAGACUCCUCCUCACCGCUUCGCCUUCUCAUCGGCGGCGGCCGCGGCGGAGCAGGUCGGCACUCACAACGGAAGCUUCCACUGCGACGAAGCCCUCGCCUGCUUCUUGCUUCGUCUCACCACUAAAUUUUCCGGCGCCGACGGUCGGACCCGCGACCUAAAGGUUUUGGACUGGUUAGACGCGGUGGUCGACGUCGGAGGCGUAUAUGACCCAACCCGAGACCGUUACGAUCACCACCAGCAAGGGUUCGGCGAAGUGCUUGGUCAUGGCUUCACCACCAAGCUUAGUAGUGCCGGCCUUGUCUAUAAGCAUUAUGGAAUGGAGAUAAUUUCAAAGGAGCUUCGUCUUGAUGAGGGACAUCCAAAUGUGUACCGGCUAUUUCUAGCACUCUAUAAGAGCUUCAUUGAGGCAAUAGAUGCUAUUGACAAUGGGAUGAACCAAUAUGACACAGACCAUCCUCCGAAAUAUGUGAAUAACACAAGCUUAUCUUCAAGAGUUGGUAGAUUGAAUAUGGACUGGGUGGAGGUUGAUCAAUCAUCCGAGAAAGAAAAUGAGGCCUUCCGUCAUGCAAUGGAACUAGCCGGUGGUGAAUUUCUCGACACUUUAAAUUUCUAUGCCAAAUCGUGGUUACCGGCUCGAUCAAUUGUUAUGGAGUGUCUUGCAGCAAGAGAAAAUAUUGAUCCAAGCGGAGAGAUCAUUGUGCUGACUAAAUCUUGCCCUUGGAAACUCCACAUAUUUGAGCUUGAGGAGGAAAUGAAUAUCAGCCCUUCCAUCAAAUAUGUUACUUACGAGGAUGACAGGAAUGGAACUUGGAGAAUUCGGGCAGUGGCAGUGUCACCUGAUAAAUUCGAGAGUCGCAAGCCUCUGCCAUUUCUAUGGAGGGGUUUAGAAUUUGACAAACUCUCUGAGGUUGCAGGGAUACCAGGCUGUGUUUUUGUACACAUGAGUGGGUUUAUUGGUGGAAAUAAAACUUAUGAAGGUGCUCUGGCGAUGGCAAGAGCUUCUUUGACAUCCCAAGUCUGAUGACUGAUUGUUUUGAAUAUGUCGAGAUGCUUGAUUCAGUGCAGCAGU